AUGGCUGAGAGAUUCAGUUCCGCCCCACGUGUCUGUCCCUCGUCUCCUCUUUGGGGCCAGCCUGGGACGGCCCCGCUCAAAGCAGGUACAGCCCACGGGCCCACCACCAAGCAUCUCCCGGCCUCUACCAGCGCGCCAUUUGCUCACAUCUCAUUGGCCAAACCAAGUCACAUGACUGUCCAGAGUCAGAGUGGGCGGGAUCUGCAGAGUCACAUGACACCGUCCUCUCGCGAGAAGUACAGAAUGGGAUACCUGAGGACUGGAAGGAAGGAGAGAAGACGGGCACUCAAAGACAUCCGGAAAUUUGCCAUGAAGGAGCUGGGAACUCCAGAUGUGCGCAUUGACACCAGGCUCAACAAAGCUGUCUGGGCCAAAGGAAUAAGGAAUGUUCCAUACCGUAUCCGUGUGCGAUUGUCCAGAAAACGUAACGAGGAUGAAGAUUCACCAAACAAGCUCUACACGCUGGUUACCUACGUACCUGUCACCACUUUGAAAAAUCUACAGACUGUUAAUGUGGAUGAGAACUAA